AAACAGCUCUAAAUCCGCCACGCGUUCAUCACACCGCCGGUAGUCGCAUCCGCUUCUUAUGGGUACCGCCAAAACAUAAUCCCUUUUCAUCACAGCGUCUUCUUUCCGCCACCCCAAAAUUAUUAUGUUACCCAAAAGAAAUUUGAUCCCCACAGCCCAAACCCAUUAGCCACCACCACCAUUUUUACUCAUUCCAAUCCCUAAAACCCACCAUUGUUUGUCUCUCAGAUCUGAACUAUGGAUGAGAAGCUGAUACAGCGAUUGGAGUCCGCUGUGGCUCGGCUUGAGUCGUUCUCCACUGGGUUCCGGCACGGCGGUGCACCGGAGAGUGAUGAGGUUACAGUGUCCGAUCCUUCGAUUCUUGCUUUUGACGAUUUCAUGGGACAGUACGUUGCGAGAGUUUCAAGCGCCGCGGAGAAGAUUGGGGGACAGGUUCUUGAGGCCACUAAGAUUUUGAAUGAGGCAUUUUCUGUUCAGAGGGAGCUUCUUGUUAAGGUUAAGCAAACUCAGAAACCCGACCUCGCGGGCUUGGCUGAAUUUUUGAAGCCAUUGAACGAAGUUAUUAACAAAGCAAAUGCACUUACAGAGGGUAGGAGAUCUAAUUUCUUCAACCAUUUGAAAACUGCAGCUGAUAGUCUAUCUGCUUUAGCUUGGAUUGCAUUUACUGGAAAAGAUUGCGGUAUGAGCAUGCCUAUUGCCCAUGUCGAAGAAAGUUGGCAAAUGGCUGAAUUUUACAACAACAAAGUUCUUGUAGAGUACAGAAACAAAGAUCCGAAUCAUGUCGAGUGGGCCAAAGCUAUGAAGGAGCUCUAUUUGCCGGGAUUACGGGACUAUGUCAAAAGUUUUUAUCCAUUAGGUCCGGUAUGGAGCGUGACUGGGAAAAAGGCUGCUUCUGCUGCCCCUAAAGCUUCUCCUCCUACUAAAACGUCAGCACCGAGCGCACCUGCCCCACCCCCGCCCCCUCCAGCUUCACUCUUCAGCUCUGAGCCUCCUCAGGCUUCAUCUUCCAAGCCAAAAGAAGGAAUGGCUGCUGUUUUCCAAGAAAUUAAUUCUGGGAAGCCUGUGACACUAGGUCUGAAGAAAGUCACAGAUGACAUGAAGACCAAGAACCGUGCGGAUAGAGUUGGCAUUGUGGGUUCUAGUGAGAAAGGUGGUCGUACUGCCUCUCCGUCGUUUUCCAAAACCGGCCCUCCAAAGUUGGAACUUCAAAUGGGUCGAAAGUGGGUCGUCGAGAACCAAAUCGGAAGGAAAAACUUGGUGAUUGAUGAUUGCGAUGCUAAACAAUCAGUAUAUAUCUUUGGAUGCAAAGAUUCAGUUUUGCAGAUUCAAGGGAAAGUCAACAACAUAACAGUCGACAAGUGUACAAAAAUGGGAGUCGUAUUCACGGAUGUUGUGGCUGCAUUUGAGAUUGUUAACUCCAAUGGGGUUGAAGUACAAUGCCAGGGUUCUGCCCCAACCAUUUCUGUGGACAAUACUGGAGGCUGUGUAUUAUACUUAAGCAAAGAUUCUUUGGGGACAUCCAUUACGACUGCCAAGUCGAGUGAGAUCAACGUUUUGGUACCUGGUGGAGCGUCCGAUGGUGAUUGGGUCGAGCAUGCUUUGCCGCAGCAGUUCGUUCAUACGUUUAAGGACGGUCACUUCGAAACCACUCCGGUCUCUCACUCGGGAGGGUGAUCUCGAGUUUGAACAGAUUCUCACUUUUCUUCGUAUCCGGUUUAGAGUGGGUUUUGUUUCCAUUUUUUUUCCCAUUUGAUUCAAUAGUCACAGGAAAUUACAUGUGGUGCUUGUUAGUGUUUGUUUCAUUGGGUUCUUGUCUUUCUAGCUUGGGUUCAGGUGUUCAUGGCGGCUGUAGUGUGUUGUGCAAUGAUGUUCUGUUUUUCCUCGUUUGGUCUGUAUUUGAAUAUCUCCGUUCAAGAGAAGUAGUACAUGUCAAUUAUCGUUGAGUUAU